CCAACGUGAAGCACUUCUUGCGGGAAGACUUGAAGAGCCGUUCGAAAUAUCUCUCGAAGCUUUGAUCGCGACAGCUCAUAGUUCUUCAGCAAGAUGCGGCGUACUCGUCAUGUAGUGCUACCCGUGCGAUCUUGGCAGUACAUCGGACUUCUGAUAGUAUCGUUGGCGUGUCUAACGUUAGGAUUGGUAUCCAGGGAUAGGGAAGGACAUGCUGGUAGUCUCGCAGGUCCUGAACUCACGCAUCGAGCUCCCCACGAAGUGGACGCCUGUCCGAACUUGAAUCCUUUCGUCAAAAUCCCGAUUGCCGAACAAGAAAAAGUUACGAAACCGGCGAUUAAUAAUCAUCAAAUGAAAUCUGAAUUUGAAGCACCUAUGUCUCGAAAGUCCGUAUUUCCUCGAUCAUUGAGUCUGGAUCGUUUGUCUAGAAGUGGUUUGCAGGAAACCAGAGAGCGAUUGUCUAGAAAUCGAGAUCUGAGGACAGUCGAGAGACUUUCAAGAUCGACGAGUCGCAUAUCCAACGACGAAUCCAUUAAUCGUGUUCGAGAAUCCCGAUUUAGAAUCGCGCAAUCCCGCGACGCCAGAAAUUCAUUCGAUCUCACCACUCGAGUCUCUCGAGUGCGGGAUUUGUCUAAUCGAGCAACCGGUCGCCGUUCUACCAAACAAAAUUUCGAACGACGUUUGACUGAUUCUGCAAAUUCCCGGCUUGAAAAUCGCCGAUCCAUAGAACAGCGGGAGUUUAAUGAAAUCGCGCGACAACAAAAUCGCGAUCGAUCAGUGGAUCGGCGAGACUCUUUGAAUCUUCAACGUCGUACGAGCGAUUAUCGCGACCGUCAAUCACUCCCAGAACGACGAAUCAAUCGGCAAGAAUCUCGUGAAGUCCUAGUCUCUGGUCGUCGCGAACAUCGAGAUCUGACGCGAAAUCGUGUUCCGAAUUACCGAUCCGAGAUACGUGAACGUAGAUCUGUCGAGCGUCGCAUGUCAAUCGAACAUCGAGACGUGGAACGAUCGGAUCGUCGAGAGGAUAACAAAAAUCUCCUGAAAUCAGCAAGAUUCGCACGAGGAGAUAUCGAUCGCAAUAAUAAUAUAGAUCGCCGAAACCGCGAACGAUCUCUGGAAAAUCGCCAAGCUCUUCUCGAUCGCGUUGCUAAUCAAGAACGUAGAUUUGAAUUGUCGAUUGCCAGGAAUUCUCGGGGAAAUCUUGUUAAAUCUGACGAUCGUCGAACAUUGUCUCGAUCGAUGGAACGUUCAGAUGUCAACAAUUUCAAUCGCAAAAUUCUUAGCAGACGAGUUAGAUCGGUUGAAUCCAACACCGAGAAAUCCGAGGAACGCAGAUUGUCCUCCGAACGUAGAUCAUUGGACCGAUCUAUGGAACGUCGCGAAAUAGCGGGACAUCAGAAUCGUUUUGGCGAUCGAAAAUCUGUCGAUCGAAUGUCGCGAGCUUCAUCCGAAAAUUUGCGUCGAGAAAGGAUCAAUCGCUCACAAAGGAUCGCAAGCCGACGUGAAAACACAGCUAUCAGGGAGAAUUAUAGAAUGACACAGUCACGUUAUAACGUCGAAGAAAUCGCGAAUCGGGAACGAAGAGAAAGAUUUGCACGAUCCUCUCGUUUAGUCGAUCGCAAUUCGGUAGAUCGUCGGGAAAUCGCGAAGAUCAGAGAUUCCAGAGAUUACAAUCAUAGAUCGCGCGAUACUGCGACAACAGAACGACGUGGUUCAACUCAGGAACAGCGAGAAAAGACGAAUCGUUUGUACCGAUCACGUGAAGAACAAAGGAUCGUUCCUCAGAGAUCACGCGAGGCUGAACGACAUGUGUCUGAAAGAAGAAUUCCGGAAAGGCGAAUUUUGGAGCGACGAAUCACUUUGGAUUCAGCACAUCUCGAUUCGCGAAGAUCGUCGGAACGAAGAAUCGACGACAGCUUGAAAUCGCGUGAAGGAUCCAGAUUAGCAGAUCGUUCGGAACGAAGCCUGGAAACACGAGUUUCUCGCGGAAGAAUCUUAGAAAAGCGAUCUAUUCUUAAUUCUCGAAGAUCUUCGGAAGGAAGAAUCGGCGAUAAUUCUAAAUCGCGUGAAGAAUUUAGACUAGAUCAACGUUCAGGACAGAGUCCAGAAGCACGAGUUUCUCGUGGAAGAAUUUUAGAAAAGCGAUCUUUCGACUCUCGAAGAUCUUUAGAACGAAGGAUCGACAAUUUGAAAUCACGCGAAGGAUCCAGGCUAGCAGACCGACGUUCGGAACGAAGCUUGGAAUCGCGAGUCUCUCGCGGAAGAAUCCUGGAAAAGCGAUCUAUUCUUGAUUCUCGAAGGUCUUCAGAACGAAAAAUCAGUGACAACUCAAGAUCGAAUGAAAAAUCAAGGAUGCAGGAUCACGUGGAACGGAACUCCGAAUUGCGAAAUUCAAUGCUUCCAAUGGAGCGCAAAACAAAUUCUAAAACAGCAUCUCUCGAGAAUCAGGCAUUACGUUCAUCAGAAACGCGACGCGAAAUCAGACGUUUCGCAGAGCGUCGAAUUCAAUCAGUCAAGAAUCGACCUGUUGAGUUUUAUGAAAGAGAGUCCAUCAAACACUUGCGUCAGAGAUCAGCGAGGAACAUCGAAGACUCAUCGCGAGUCUCUUCUCUUCGCCGAGUCAUCCAUGUACCUGAACAAAAUCGCGAACAACGAAGAAUGUCUGCUGAGAGGACAUUUACUAGAACUGUGGAUAAUGAACGAUUAUUUGCAAAAUGGGAACGAAACUUGGAGGACGCACGCAUUGAAAGAAAUGUAAAAGUUAGAGCAAAAAUCAUUCCUAACUCAAUAAAGGGCUACGAAUUUUUCAAGUAUCCUAUGGCUUAUGAUCUUAUGAGGCAAGCUUUUAUCGUGGCAUUAUGUACUGUUUAUGGAUUUUCCCUCUAUAAUGGAAAAAAAUCUUCCCUUGGCAGCAACAUAAUUCAACAUAUCCAGCGCUUCAUAAUUUGGUAAAAUAAAAUGUAAUCGGCUACUGUGAACAAUGGCACUGAAAAUCGCUAUCCUUUGGACCUCUGCUUCUAUCGAUCUUAUUAUUUUAUGAAUUAAGAUAUUAGGUUGCAAUAUGUGUAAUGUAUAACAAUAAUCAGAAUGUAGAUUAAUGUAGAUUAAUGUACA